AUACUAAUACUGUGGUAUUCCACUUCCAGUUUCUAAUCAAAUCAUCAUAUCAUACUGAUUAUGGAGAAAAAAAGUCCACGGAGACAUAUGUACGGGAAAAGAUUCCAAGGAAGGAAAAGUUGCGGCGGACCGGAAAACGUCGUCGUCUACUCCUGAUAAAAAAGGGGUAUUCAAGAGCUGUAUGCAGCUUCAUCGCUAGACCCUCUGUUCUUACACCCUAGUACCUGGAUAUGGGUCUUCCUGAAGUUGCUGAAUUUGCUCGCAAGUUCGCCGUAAUGGUCAGAGUCCAAGGGCCUGACCCAAAGGGUGUAAAAAUGCGGAAUCAUGCUUUCCACCAUUACAAUUCUGGCAAAACAAUGAUCUCAGCAUCAGGAAUGAUUUUCCCAGCCUCCAAUGAAAGUGCUACUACAGGUAGUAGCUGUGACCUCAAAUCUUCAGCGACUGUUCUGGUUUUGACGGCUGCUUCUGUGAUCGAACCAUUUGUAUCACAACAAUAUCGGGAAAACACAUCAAAGGACAAACCUCGUCUAAUACCGGGUGUUCGGAUUGAUGUACUAAUGGAGGGCAAAUCUAUGGUAGAUGGAAACAUGGAGGCUUUACCUUGGAUUCCUGCCGAGCUACUAAAGAUGGUUAACAUCCCCCAGUCAUCUGCUGCUGUUCAAUCACUGAUUGAAGCUUCUUGUGGUUCACUGGAAAGUACUUGGGAAGUUGGUUGGUCUCUAGCCUCUCACAGCCGUUCUCCUCAGCAUAUUCCGGAUAGUUCUCAUGCACAGGUUGAGCAAUCAUCCUUCCAGAGCCACUGGCCCAUGGCGAGGAUGGAGUCAAGCGAUCCUAAUCUUAUGGGGCAAUCAGCUACGAGGAUUGCCCUACUAGCAAUUCCCUCCAAAUUUUCCAUGAAUUCCCUGAAGUUGCAAGCAUCUAUUCCCAAUAGAGGAGACAUUCUUCUGGCUAUGGGUUCUCCUUUUGGCAUAUUAUCACCAUUGCACUUCUUUAACAAUAUUUCUGUGGGGUCCAUUGGCAACAGCUACCCACCCAGUUCUUUCAGAAGAUCUUUGUUGAUGGCUGAUAUUAGGUGUCUUCCUGGGAUGGAGGGUAGCCCAGUUUUUAGCGAACAUGCUCAAUUUAUUGGUAUUCUGACAAGACCACUGCGGCAAAAAGUUAGUGGUACUGAAAUUCAGAUGGUGAUUCCAUGGGAAGCGAUUGCAUCUGCUUGCAGUGACUUGUUGCAGGAGGAGCCUCAUAUUACAUGGAAAGGAGUCAAUUAUAACAAUGGAAACUUGAACGCUCAGGAGAAUAGUGUACCUAAAGGCUACUCAGAUGGACUCUCAAAUCAUUUGCACGAGCAGAUUCAUUCUGGUUCCCAGCUUCUGUCUCCAGUUGAUAAGGCAAUGACUUCGAUUUGUCUUAUUACCAGUGAUGAUGGAUCAUGGGCAUCUGGUGUUUUGCUCAAUAAACAAGGUCUGGUCCUCACAAACGCUCAUCUCCUGGAGCCAUGGAGGUUUGGCAAAACAGCUGCAAAGGUUGACCGAAAUGAGACCAAGCCACAGGCCAAUAUAAUUCCAAACAUUCAUAUGAGGCUCGAGACUUUUACUGGUGAAAGAUCAAGUCAGAAUCUGCUGCGAACAAAUUUAAAAGCAGAAGACGUUUCUUUGAAAUAUGAGAAUGCCCUCUCUGGAUGCAUCUCAGCCAACAUAAACCACAGACUACGUGUGCGCUUAGACUUUAUUGAUCCUUGGAUGUGGACUGAUGCUAGAGUAGUAUAUAUUUCCAGAGGUCCCUUAGAUAUCGCACUACUUCAGCUUGAGACUGUUCCUGAUCAACUUUGUCCUAUUAUCAUGGAUGUUGGUCGCCCCUUACCUGGAUCAAAGGCAUAUGUUAUUGGACAUGGACUCUUUGGGCCUCGUUGUGACUUCCUUCCAUCUGUCUGCGUCGGUGUAAUAGCUAAAGUAAUUGAAGCAACUAGGUCUCUGCAGCCUACAACAUACUGUGGACUGAAUUCAUGCCAGCAAUUUCCAGCCAUGUUGGAGACUACUGCUGCGGUCCAUCCUGGUAGUAGUGGUGGUGCUGUUGUUAACUCGGAUGGUCGCAUGAUUGGUCUUGUCACGAGCAAUGCUAAGCAUGGAGGAGGGACGGUUAUCCCGCAUUUGAACUUCAGCAUCCCAUGUCCUGCUCUUGAGCCUAUCUUGAAGUUCUCCAAAGAUAUGAAGGAUCUUUCGCUUUUGGAAGAACUUGACAAGCCUAAUGAACACCUUUCUUCUGUGUGGGCAUUGAUGCCGCCACUAUAUCCUAAGCCCGAGCCUUUACCUGAUACACCACAAUUUCCUGCAGAAGACAACAGCAAAGGUACUAAAGGUUCUCGUUUUGCCAAAUUUAUUGCCGAUAGAAAUGAGUUGCUGAAAAAGACAGUGCAGCAUGGCAUGGCUGGAACCUUUACUAAUGAACUUAUACCCAGUAAGUUGUGAUUGUUCGAUACUCUUCUUCCUCAAAUGAAAGGUAAACACACAACCGCACGAGCAUUAUACUCCUACACAUAGAAUAAAUGGCACCACCAAAUAAUUAUCUGGAGGAGUAAUUUGUUUGUUGUACUUUAAUCAUGAGGAUAAUCCAGGCGUCAUUAAGCUUGUCAUGGACUAUCCACCUCACUGUUUGGGUUAUUUGUAUUUAUAUACGGCAAUGUUAUAUUUUUUUAAGUGAUUGCAUUGCUGUAAUGUAACUUUAUUGCCUGGAUGUUUAUAUGAAGUAUGUACAAAAGUAUUUUGUGUAUGCCAAUGACAUUUCGGAAAGUAAUGAUUUUAUUUUAA